ACCAAGUUUUACAUUGAAAGUUUUACUGUUAACACUUCUGAGUUUCUUAGUUCUUACCUAGCAGCAGCAUGGGCAGUGUCAAAUCCUCCUAAAAAAAUAUUCAAAAAUUAAAAAUAAUCCCCCACAAAUUAAAAAAAAAAAAACGAUUAAAUGGUGGAUUUUGAUUCAUUUUUCUUACCCAAGUACACUUGUUUCCCACAAUCCCUACACAAAAAAAUAGACAGCCAAAGGACUCAAAUUCAGUACACAAUCAUAGUAUCCAAAGAGAGCAAUAGUACAUCAGUGUCACUGUAACCAAAUAUGGGAUUCCCAUCUCCCGUCCUUCGAUAAAACGUAACGCCCAGAUACUGCGAACUCCGGGACCUGGGCCCUCUCCGGCUCUUCUUCACUCGCUGCGGUAGCGCGAUCCUCGGCUCCGCGGAAGCAUAGUAAGUCGGCUCCAGCUCCAAUUGGGAAGCGGAAGAUAGUCCCAGCCACUGCUUUUUAGAAGCCGAAGACGAAGACGAAGAUUCAUAUAACAGAUUUUAGAGCGUUAAUUAUGUCAUACAUAUAUCAUGUAUGGACACUGAGCAAACAAAUUAACCAUACGAAAAUAUUUAUUCUAAAAGAACCAAAUAUAUAUACCUAGAUUCUUAGUAUGUCCGCCAUAGAAUCCAGCCGCAUCGAUCUCUCGAAUUUCCUGUGCAGCUGGUACAGCAACAGAAACCAACAGAGAAGAAGGGAGAGAGAGCAACAGAAACCAACAGAGAAGAUGGGAGAGAGAGCAAACGAAACCAAAACCACAGAACCCAAAACAAACGAAGUCAAAUUAGAGGAAAAGAACGGGUAGAUGCCAGAAGACGCUGCGAUGGCCGACAGCUGGAGAGGAAGGGCAAAAACGCAAGCGGUGCCGACUGCAGAGGAAGGAAGCGGUGGAGAGGAAGCAAAGAAACGGUGAGAAAAGAAAAGAUGCGUGUGGAUGAAGGGGUGUACAAGUAUCCAGACUUGGACUUAUUUGACUCCUCUCUCUCUCUCUCUACAGUAGUUGUUUGUUCGUACACUCUUAAACCUCCGAGUUCUCUUCUCAAUCUUCCCAAAUCCCUACAAUCUUCAAUCUCAAUGUCGGCAAAGCGCUCGCGGAGUGGCGGCUCGUCGAGCUUCGACGACGCCGGAGUGUCCAACCACCACCUCCUGCCGCCGAAGCAGCCGGCCGAGGGCUCCGAUCCCCGGCGCCACGUCCGUGCGGGUUUUGGUAAUGGCGCGAAGGCUUUGAAGCCGUCGCCGGAGGCUGAGAAAUCUCCGCCGUCGGUUUUGAGGAUGUCGUCGCCGGAGACUGCGCGGAUGGGACGCGCGGCGCAGGUUGACGAGUUCCUUGAGCAGUGCUUCUUUUGUCACCGGAAGCUACCUCACAACGAGGACGUGUUCAUGUACGGACCCUUUCGUGCCUUUUGCUCACCCGAAUGCCGUGACCAGCAAUUCAACAUGGAGAACGUAAAAGACCAACCAAAGCAAGCACGUCUUCAAUCGACUAAAACCCUGUACAGCAUGACAAACAAUGUGAAUGGGCGAAGAAACUAGCUAGGCGCUACCCAGGCGGCGCAUGGCAGUCAUGUUUUUUGAGAUUGGCACGAGCUUCCGGUUAGCAAUGGUUUUACAUUUAGUCUGUCACAUUCUGCUUCUCUUUAGGUAGUGUAAAGAUUUACUAGUUUCUUUUAGGGAUCAUCACAGAUGAAAGCACUAGGUUUUUAUUUCGAAGGAUUACAAUUUAGAAUCGUUGGAUAUAUUUCGACGCUUUGUUUUCGUGGUUACCGUGGAGCUGAAACAUACUGUAGCUUAACUGGAGCUUUGCCCAAAUAGAUGAUCAUUGAGUAUAUUGUGCUACUAACUUA